GGUGCUUUGAUGUAUUGUGUUUAGAGACACAUAUGCGUCAAAAAACAAGUGGUGGUCUGAGGUUCCUGAAGUGUCCCAAAACAGCGGAACAUAGCUUUAAGUGCUACACUUGUGACACGGUGUAGCGUUCAAUCAACACAGAAGAAUCAGGAAAUCCAAGUUCCAGCCCCCUCUUCCUCCCCCUGACCUCCUCCUCCUCCUGCGGUCGAAAGGAAUUAGAUAAAGGAAGAGGACAGGGUCGAGCAUAUGAUGACUAACUUUAACAGGUUUUUCGCAUCUAUAGUUCGGAGCUGGUUUUAGUGAGCGAGUCUCCUGCAGGCGUGUGACCGACCGUGCGACAUGGAUCUCGGCUGCCAGGACUGGAUGUCAGCUCUACCCGCGGAGCUGUGGGACGUCCCUCUCACUAACCUGGCCAUACCCGGGAGCCAUGAUGCCAUGAGUUACUGUCUGGACAUAAACUCCCCCUUGGUCCCGUCUGAAUCAGACUUUUUCCGGCUCCUGGACAGACUUUUCUCCUGCUUUACCAGACCUGCCAUCUUUAGAUGGGCUACAACACAGGACAAAAGCAUCGAGGAGCAACUUUCGAUGGGGAUUCGCUUCUUCGAUCUCCGUGUUGCACACAAACCCAACGACUCCUCCAGCGACCUGUACUUCACACACGUCAUAUACACACAUCUAACCGUUCUGGAAACCCUGUCGUCUGUUGCCACCUGGCUGGACUCUCACCCAAAGGAGAUUGUUAUUCUUGCUUGCAGCCAUUUUGAGGGACUCGAGGACAAACUCCAUCAGUUGUUCAUUUUCUCCCUGAAGAAGCUGUUUGGCUCAAAGCUCUGCCCCCAGGUUAGCGAAUCCGUCCUGACCCUGCGGAGCCUGUGGGCAUCUGGUUACCAGGUCGUCCUGUCCUACGACUCCCAGAGUGCAGCGAGACAUCAGGAGCUGUGGCCUGCCAUCCCUUACUGGUGGGCCAACCAGCAUACAGCACAAGGAGUGAUCAGUUACCUGGACUGGAACAAAGACCUGGGACGUCCAGAGGGCUUCUUCGUCUCUGGCCUGAACCUGACAGCUGAUAGAUAUUACAUCACCGAGAACCCGAAGCAAUCCCUGCGGACGCUGACCUUCAGUAACUGGGAGUGUUUGAGGAAAUGGCUGGAGGAGCAGGCGCCUGGGUCGGACCCCAAGAGCCUCAACAUCAUCGCAGGAGACUUUGUGGGUCCACUUCCGCUCUGCUCUCUGGUCAUUGCACUGAACAAAAAAUUUCUGCGGAUCAUCAGCUAG